GGCACCGGACCGGCCGGCCCCAGCCGCAUCCAGGCCUGGGCGGGCCGCCAGGUGAGCGCGCCCAGGCGCUCCAAACGCGUCGCUGGCGGCCUUGCGUCCAGCCGGCGGACUUCGGGUCAUGGAGCCGCGCGCGGGGGGCGCCACGGACCCUAGGGGGAACAGAGGAGGCCGGGACCUUCCCCAGCGGGCUGGCCCCAGAGCCCGGCAGCUCCUGGCGCGGCUGGACGCGCGCCCCCUGGCGGCCAGAGCUGUGGCCGACGUGGCGGCGCUGGUACGCAGGACGGGCGCCACAUUGCGCCUGCGCCCCAAGACUGCCAUUAGUGUGCUGGACUCUGCAGACAUAGAGGUUACAGACAGUCGCCUGCCUAAUCCCACUUUCGUGGAACACCGGCCGCAGCAUCAUCGGUCAGUGACCUUGGGUACAGGUACUGCACCGCCACAAGUGACCCAGGCUAAGGCAUGUUCUGCUUCGAAGCCGCUCCAGACCUCUGGACGGUUCUGCGUUGAACUGGUUCGAGAUUCCACGGGCUUUGGCCUCACAUUAAGCGGAGGCCGAGAUUCAUCGGGGGAUGCUCCUCUGGCGGUGCGCGGGCUGCUGAGAAACGGGCCAGCACAGCGCUGUGGUCGCUUGCAGGCUGGGGACCUCGUGCUCCACAUCAACGGAGAAUCAACUCGGGGCCUCACUCACGCCCAGGUGGUGGAGCGCAUUCGCACAGGCGGCCCCCGUCUCCGUCUUGUACUAAGCAGGCCCCUUGAAACCCACCCUGGCGAGCCUGAAGGGGUGGGAGGGCCCCAGAAAGGAGAUGGUCUGCCAUCCCCUGAUCGCAGCCCAGAUCCUGGUGGACCAGAGGUGAUGAGGUCUCACACCGUCAGUGCUUCUCCACUUCCGCACCGUCCGGGCAGCCCUGAGCCUAGCCCAGAGCCGCUGGCCGACUGUCCUGCGGUUCCUCCUCUUCAGCGCUGCACAGACGACCCUAACGACCGAACCCCGGGUUCCCCGGGACCCUGGCUGGUGCCCAGUGAGGAACGGCUUUCGCGGGCCCUAGGGAUCCCCAGGGCGCCGCAGCUUGCUCUCGAGAUGGCUGCUGGAAGGCGGAGGCACUGAGCACUUAUGGGACGGCCGGAUGCUCACUUGGUACUGCCGGACCUGGAUCCGGUGUACUCCACCGACCGCACGCUAGCAUCGCUGGGAGAGCGCACACUCGGUCUCGUCCCAUCCCCACUCCGGCUGCGGCUGCGCAGCGGACCAGCCCGCGCUUCCCUCGCAGUGUCAGUGGUACAGCCCUCCGGACGGGCCAGCCCUGCGCUUCUGGUUUCGAGCGGGGGAGGUAAUAAAAUGGUUCGACCCAGUCUUGACUUGUCGGGUGCUGUAGGCCGGGUGGGGCUCCUGUGUUCACCCCGCAGAGGAGAAGGUGGGUCGAUCUGGUUUCAAGCAGGGCCUCUAAUUGUAACCAUUAAAAAGCUUACUUCA